GAGUCGGAACCGGGCCGCGGACGGAGCUGGUGCACCCCGACCCGACGAGCGCGAUCACACAAUCAAAUAUGUCACAGCAGCUUCGCUCCAACCCUCCUACUUCUCAUCUGGGUAUUGAAAAUAAACGAGGGCAAGGAUAACUGGGACCAGAUCCAGGGACCAGAUCCAGGGACCAGAUCCAGGGACCAGAUCCAGGGAGCAGACAUGGGCCUGUGAUCCAGCUAACUCCAUUCGCUGCCCUGCUCACCGGUUGCCAGACCACCUCUCUUUUCCCCUUUGUGGUGGUUUGGCUGCGACUCCUCUGAGAGAAGAAGAGGGGGAGGCCGGGGCGGGAGGGAAGGAUAAACUCCCCAGCUGCCAUCCAGACGCACACAUGCUGCAUUGCUGCCAUUCCCCAGACCCAGAUCAUCGUACCCAAGGGCGCUGAGCGACCAGCAGCUGGUGGAGGAAGUCCUGCCCCGAGGGUUGGCAGUAAAACCGCUCCGUACACCCGGGACCAAUCACUUACCGGCUUUCAUCCAGGCCAGUGAGUCGCAUCGUACUGCGGUGAGCAGUGGAUGGUUGCUGGUGGGCGGCCAAUCACCGAGCAGGGCAGACGGAGGAAACCAGAGCCGGGGUAUGGAGCCCAGCAUGGAGAACUGCCUGGCCCAGGUCCUGCAGAAGGACCUGGGCCGACGACUGCAGGUGGGCCAAGACAUCAUCGAGUACAUCCUGGACCGGGAGAAGUCCCCCGACCUGGAGCAGGACCAGACGGCGCUGGACAAGAUGGUGGACGGCAUCGCCAGCUCCUGGGUCAACUCCAGCAACUUCAAGGUGGCGCUGCUCGGCUUGGACCUCCUUUCUGCCUUAGUGACGAGGUUACAGGAGAGAUUUAGAGCUCAAGUGGGGACAGUUCUGCCCAGCCUUAUCGAUCGAUUGGGAGAUGCCAAAGACCAAGUACGAGAACAAGACCAAACGUUGCUGCUAAAGAUCAUGGAACAAGCGGCCUCUCCACAGUAUGUUUGGGACCGGAUGCUGGGAGGCUUCAAACACAAGAACAACAGGACCAGAGAAGGAGUGUGCCUUUGUCUCAUCGCCACGCUGAGCACGUACGGAGCUCAAGGCCUGACCUUGAGUAAAAUAGUUCCUCACAUAUGUAACCUCCUGGGAGACCCCACGAGUCAGGUACGAGACGGAGCCAUGAGCUGCUUGGUGGAGAUCUACAGACAUGUGGGCGAGAGGGUGAGGCUGGACCUCAGUAAGAAGGGGCUGCCGCAGUCACGGUUGAAUGUAAUCUUCAGCAAGUUUGAUGAGGUCCAAAGAUCGGGGAACAUGAUCUCGUCGUCGGGCUCAGACAAGAACUUUGAGGAUGAGGAUUCUGUGGAUGGAGGCCGGUCCUCCUCCUCUUCGUCCUCCAAAGCGGCCUCGGCUGGAAGGAGGACGGCCGUGACCGCCGUUAGAAGACCCAGCUCCGCCUCCAGCACCAAGCCCACAGGUAAAGAAGCAGCAGCCGGCGCCGUCGAUGAAGAUGACUUCAUUAAAGCCUUUGAAGACGUGCCCUCAGUCCAGAUCUACUCUAACAGAGAGAUGGAGGAUCAGCUGACAAAGAUCCGCGAAGUGCUGUCUGACGAAAAACACGACUGGGAGCACCGGGUUGUCGCGCUCAAAAAGGUACGAUCGCUCAUGAUGGCCGGAGCUACUGAGCAGGAGAAUUUCCCGCAACAGCUGCGACUUCUUGAGGCGCCCUUGAAGCUGUCUGCUAAAGACUUGCGCUCGCAGGUGGUCCGCGAGGCCUGCAUCACACUGGGGUAUUUGUCAUCAAAGCUGGGAAACAAGUUUGACCACGGAGCGGAGACCGUGAUGCCCACCCUGCUGAACCUGGUGCCCAACAGUGCCAAAGUCAUGGCCACGUCCGGGGUGGCCACCAUCCGCCUCAUCCUCCGGCACACACACUUCCCCCGGCUCAUCCCCAUCAUCACCAGUAACUGCACCUCCAAAUCAGUGGCGGUCCGACGGCGCUCCUUUGAGUUCUUGGAUCUCAUGUUGCAGGAAUGGCACACGAAUACGCUGGAGAGACACGUAGCCGUCCUGACCGAGACCAUCAAGAAGGGCGUCCACGACGCCGACUCCGAGGCCAGAUCCGUUGCAAGAAAGUGCUACUGGGGUUUCCAUGGUCACUACAGUCGGGAGGCGGAGCAUCUGUUCCAGGCGCUGGAGUCCACGUACCAGAAGGCCCUCCAGUCCCACCUCAAGAGCUCGGACAGCAUUGUGUCCCUGCCCCAGUCGGACCGGUCGUCCUCGUCGUCACAGGAGAGUCUGAACCGGCCGUUGUCAGUGAAGAGCGUGAUCGGAGGCAGCAUCACUCGCAGUAAGCUGGUUGGCUCCAGGGUCUCCACCACUCCCGGCUCUCUCCAGCGUUCCCGUAGUGACAUUGAUGUGAACGCCGCCUCCAGUGCCAAAUCACGUCUGUCCACCGUUCCCGCUUCCUCGCCGUUCGGCUCCGCCGCCACCCUCCCCCCCGGAUCGUACGCCUCGCUGGAUGGCACCCCUGGUAGAAGCGAUGGUCGUGUUCGUACGAGAAGACAGAGCUCAGGCAGUGUGGGCGGAGCCAGUCCGUCUGUGGUGGACAGCAGGGGGCGGAGCAGAGCCAAGAUGGUCUCUCAGUCCCAGCGAUCCAGAUCAGCCAAUCCCAUCAGUGCCGGCAGUCGCUCCAGCUCUCCUGGGAAGCUCCUCAGUCAGGGCGGAUACGGUCGGAUCGCCCGAGCCCCGCCGGCGGCCUCAACCACGGCGGCGGACAAACGCACCCGAAUCCCUCGCAGCCAAGGCUGCAGCCGCGAGACCAGCCCCAGCCGCCUCGGCAUUGCUAGCACGAGUGCUAAAGCUCUUCUUCCUGCUGCUCUUCCCUCCCGCUACACGCUAGCCCGGAGCCGAAUCCCCCGCCCCAGCAUGAGUCAGGGCUGCAGCCGCGACACCAGUCGCGAGAGCAGCCGCGACACCAGCCCCGCCCGGGGGUUCACUCCUCUGGCCUCCCGCCGUCACUCCCGUUCCACCAGCGCCCUCUCGACAGCCGACCCUCACGGCCAGUCAGAUCGGUACGGUUUGAUUCACCAGGCCCGGAUCUCUGCAUCAGUGAACGCCAUGAGGGUCCUGAACACCGGGACCGAGGUGGAGGCGGCCGUCGCUGACGCGCUGCUGUUAGGAGACUCCAGGAACAAGAGGAAGCCGUUGAGACGGAGGUACGAGUCACCUGGGAUGUACUCCGAUGACGAUGCCAACAGCGACGCGUCCAGCGCCUGCUCUGAGCGCUCAUAUGGCUCACGAAACGGAGGCAUCCCCCACUACUUGCGGCAAACAGAGGAUGUGGCAGAGGUGUUGAACCACUGCGCCAGCUCCAACUGGUCCGAGAGGAAGGAGGGCUUGCUGGGCCUGCAGAACCUCCUCAAGAGCCAGAGAAUCCUGAGUCGAGUGGAGUUGAAGAGACUAUGUGAGAUCUUCACAAGGAUGUUUGCAGACCCGCACAGCAAGGUGUUCAGCAUGUUCCUGGAGACACUGGUGGACUUCGUCACGGUGCACAGGGAGGACCUGCAGGACUGGCUCUUCGUCCUGCUCACGCAGCUGCUGAAGAAGAUGGGUGCUGACCUGCUGGGCUCCGUCCAGGCCAAAGUCCAGAAGGCUCUAGAUGUCACCAGGGAGUCGUUCCCGUUCGACCAGCAGUUCAACAUCCUGAUGAGGUUCAUCGUGGACCAGACUCAGACUCCCAACCUGAAGGUGAAGGUGGCCAUCCUGAAGUACAUCGAGUCGCUCGCUCGGCAGAUGGACCCAACGGACUUUGUGAACUCCAGCGAGACCCGACUAGCGGUGUCACGCAUCAUUACCUGGACCACCGAACCAAAGAGUUCAGAUGUGAGGAAGACCCUUCAUAACUGGCAGAGCGAGGAGCUGGCCGGCAGGUCCAGCGCUGCAGCCAUACUGUCCACUGAGGGCAACCAGGAAGAAAGGUGCAAGCAGGCGGCCCAGGUGGUCCUGAUCGCUUUGUUUGAGCUCAACACCCCGGAGUUCACCAUGCUCCUGGGGGCCCUUCCCAAAACCUUCCAGGACGGAGCCACCAAGCUGCUGCACAGCCACCUGAAGAACUCCAGCAACUCCGGCAGCAACGUGGGUUCUCCCAGUAACACCAUUGGCCGGACGCCGUCACGUCACACCCCCAGCAGAACCAGCCCUCUCACCUCCCCCACCAACUGCUCCCACGGAGGGCUGUCUCCAAGUCGUCUCUGGGGUUGGGGGGUCGACGGACUGCCGAAGCAACCCGCUCCCCCUCAACCCCCUCCGGCUCACUCCUCCACCCCCAGCGGCCCCUCCCUCAGGGUCCUGCGCAGAGCGUAUUCACCGAGCAUGAUGGAGUAUGACACGGAGAACAUGAACUCGGAGGAGAUCUACAGCUCCCUCCGUGGCGUCACCGAGGCCAUCCAGAGCUUCAGCUACCGGAGUCAGGAGGACCUGAACGAGCCGGUCAGGCGGGACGCCAAGAGGGACGAUGCGUCUGGAAGAGACGGAGUAGCUUCGUCUCCGGCUUCUGAUGGCCGUCUAGGCCUGGACGUGGUGGAAGGAGGUCGUACUGCUCUGGACAACAAAACCUCUCUGCUCAACACGCCGUCGCCGCGCUCCUUCUCCGGGCCACGUGGCCGUGAGUUUGCCCCGUACGGUUAUGGAGAUACCAUCUGUAGCUACGACAAGAGCGCGCUGAAAGAGGCCGUCUUCGAUGACGACGUGGAGCAGUUCCGCGACUGCCGACGGCAGGAAAGCGGUGAAAACAAGAUGACCCUCCCCAAGGUGUUUGGUCCUGCAGUUGGACCGGAUCACUCAGACCUGGUGUCCGAGCUGCUGAAGGAGCUGUCCAAUCACAACGAGCGCUGUGAGGAGCGUAAAGGAGCCCUGGUGGAGCUGCUGAAGAUCACGCGAGAGGACAGCAUGGCGGUGUGGGACGAGCACUUCAAGACCAUCCUGCUGCUGCUGCUGGAAACGCUGGGCGAUAAAGACCACACCAUCCGAGCCCUGGCGCUGCGGGUUCUCAAGGAGAUCCUGAGGAACCAGCCGGGCCGCUUCAAGAACUACGCAGAGCUGACCAUCAUGAAGACGCUGGAGGCCCACAAGGACUCGUACAAGGAGGUGGUCCGGGCGGCCGAGGAGGCGGCCUCCACCCUGGCCGGGUCCAUCCAUCCGGAGCAGUGCAUCAAGGUCCUGUGUCCUAUCGUCCAGACGGCCGACUACCCCAUCAACCUGGCCGCCAUCAAGAUGCAGACCAAAGUCAUCGAACGCAUCUCUAAGGACUCGUUAGUGACGCUGCUGGUCGACAUCAUCCCUGGACUCCUGCAGGGCUAUGACAACACAGAGAGCAGCGUUCGCAAGGCCAGCGUGUUCUGCCUGGUGGCCAUCUACUCCGUCAUUGGCGAGGACCUCAAGCCCCACCUGGCACAGCUGACAGGCAGCAAGAUGAAGUUACUGAACCUUUACAUUAAGCGAGCUCAAACCACCAACAGCAACAGCAGCAGCUCUUCAGACGUGUCCUCUCAUAGUUAAUGGAGACCAGUGUGUCCUGUAGUUUCGUCCAGGCCUCCUUCCACAUCGAAACUCUGGAAACUCUGCAACGGAGGUUUCAGACGAGAGGGAGGCGGUUUGUGGAUAAAGAUUGACUUCCUCCUCCAUCACUGCGACACCACCUACUGAUCAACCAACAACGUUCAUUUGAAAUGUUCACAUCAAAGAGGAGGAGAAGCUGGAAUUCCAGUCCAAACCAGUUUGUGACUUAAUGCGGCCGGUCCAGAUGACAAUUAAUCCACAAAUCUGAGAACAAAACGGUCCGGGUUUAAAAAAUCAGAAAUUCUGAGUUUUGUCUCACAAAUAUGCAAAUUUAUAAUGUGAAAAAUUCAAUUUUUUUUGUUUUUGUGUAUGUAAAAUGUAAAGCCUUUUUUUCAUUAAUUUGCUAGUUUAUAAAGUCUGAAAUUCAAAUUUUCUUACCGACAAAUGUGAGUUUGUGGGCAAUUUUAAUUUUUUUAUUUUAGGAAGUCAAAAAUGUGGUUUUUCUCAUACAAAUCCAUUCAAAAAACAACAAUUCAGAUUUCGGUAUUGCGAACUUCAUAAUGUCAAGAUUUUGAAUCUUUGCCCUUUUUUUUAUUUAUUUUUUUUCCCAAAUUUUCAAAAUGUAUGAAGUCAGAAAGUCUGUAAUUCUUUUCCCACAAAUAUCUUACGUUUAAAAAGUCCAAUAGCCCCCAAAUCUUACAAAUUUGCAACUAUAUAAAGAUGGAUUUUUACUGGUAAAUUGGCAUGUUUGUAAUUUAAGAUUUUUUUCUUUGCAGUUUUGCAUUUAUAGAUUUUUUUUCCUCCACAAAUUUGCAUAUUUAUGUAGUUCAAAAAAAGAGUUUUUUUUAUGCAAAUACCUUGGCUUUAAAGAGUUUCCAAGUAUAUGAAUUCCUUUUCUUCCUGCAUAAUUUCAGAUUUAUGAAUCAAAAAUUGGAAUUUUAUCGUGCAGAAUUCCUGAUUUGAUGGAAUAAAAGUAAUUUAAUUUAAUUUAAAUUUUAUAGUUUUAUUUUUCUUUUACAAUUUUUUUUUUAAUUUACAGUUUAUGGGGUUUUUUGUCUCACAAAUUUGCAAGUUUAUGAAAUCAUAAUUUUGUCAUAUUUCUCACAUUUCUUCUCUGGGUCCCUGGAGGUUUGUUUCUUGCAUAUCGGUGAGAUUAUAAAAUUUAGAAUUUCUGAUAAUUCUUUAGUGCAAUUCUUUCAGUUUUCUGUCACUUAUUUUUGAUUUGUCAUAGUUGAAAAUGUUUUGUUUUUCCAAACCUGCAAAUUUAUCGAAUCAGUUUUUUCUGUUUUUUUAGAAAAUAAGUUUAUGUUUUGAUUUUUUUUUUUGCAAUUGUAUAAAGUGCAUAAGAAAUUGUUUUGUGGGUUUCGCUCAACUUUGAUCUUCAGAUCCACAAUUCCACCUUGUUAGAGUAACAGAUGUAAGUAUCACCAUGGACCAUCUUAAAUGGUCUGAAGUCCUUCGUCGCACUGGAGUUUUUCCAAACGAGGGUCCCAGCAGGAACAGGCCCUUCCUCCAAAACAACUCCAGACGUUUGUCUUCAAGACUUAAACCAGGACAGAGUUUGGUCCUCCUGAGGGAAGUGUGGGACCAGAACAAUCACAAUCUUUCCAGACAGACAGACAAUGCUUAAGGGAACAAAAUAACCAGAGAUGAAAAGAUGUUUUUUUGUGGAAACGGCUGAUUGCAGCCUGAUAAUUAUUGUUUUUAUCAACAGAACACUGAAGCCUUCAGGCUUAAACUCGCCGUUACGCUCCAGAUAAUUUUUUCUGAGUGUCGUGUUGGACAAUCCUUCAGAUUAAACUUCAGUUUGAGGUGCACACGGUGACAUUUCUGUUGACAUGCACGCUUAAAGGUGGAUUACGUUUAUUUUCUGCAUAUAAAGCUGAGCCUGUAAUUUCAGCAUGACCUUUAAAAAAACUGAGCUGAGGAAACGCCAUUCACUGGAAUCUUUUGUGCAACGCUGCUGCUCUGUCUGAGCAUGCUCAGUGACUCUGACUGGACACUCACCAGUGCUCCCAGACUGGGAAUGCUGAGAGAGACUGGGAAUGCUGAGAGAGACUGGGAAUGUGGAAACAAGUCCAACUGUUUCCUGUGACCAUCACAGAUCAACGUCUGAGUGCUGCUGCAGAUCAUGAAAGCUUAACUGAAAAUGUUUCCAGACAGAACGGAAACAUUUAACGGAACAAGGUGACAGGAAAGGAGUUUCUCUGAAGUGUCCAGGUCAGGUGUGACAUCACAGUGUCAGUCAUCGGCACCGCCCUCAUCCUUGCAAAUCACAAGCUGGAGCAAACACUGCUGACCAAAAAUGUUUUAUUUACCUUUAAUUUGUGUGAAUGUUUGGGCUGGAGGUUAGAAAAGCUUUACAAUGUUGGAAUAAUGCAGGACAUCACAUCUCCCAUCCGGUGGGUCAUUCCUGUCCAAUCCGCCGUCCACCGCCUGUAUCAUGAUCUCAAAUUAUAACUUCAAGAUUUCAGAGAUUUUGUUUUGCAAAUUUGCAAUUUCAUGAAUUCAAAAGUUUGGAUUUCUCACAAAUUUGAGAGUUUCUGAAAUCAAAAUGUCCAAUUUCUUUAAUUAACUUGGAAGUUUAUAAUGUCACGUCUUUUCGCUCACAUUUGCAUAAAGAAAAUUCAAAAUUCAGAUUUUUUUGAUGAGCUUGACUGAUUCAACAUUUCAGAUAUUUCUGUCAUAAAUUCACAAAAGGUUUAUGAAUUCAAGAUUGAGUUUCUCGCUCAUGAACGUGCAGGUUUAUCACCUUAAAUUUAGAUUUUUCUCAUAACAAAAAAUUGGGGAAUUUUCUUAGAAAUUUCCAAGAUUAGAGAUCCCAAAAUGUGAACGUUUUUAAAGUAGAAGAAAUCAUCAACUUUUUCUGUCGCAUAGACACAAGUUUAAAAUUUGAGAUAUUUCCUUGCAACUUGCACUUAAACUGAAUGUUUGGAUCUGUCUCUGGUUUCUGAGUUUAUAAAGUCAGUUUCAGCAUUUUUUCACUCGGAUUUGUGGUUUUGGGAAAUCCCAGUUUCAAAGUCUGGACUUCAGCUGGGAUGCUCCGUUGGUUCUUGAUGGAUCUUUAGCAGCAAACACUUCAGCUUUUUAGAAUCAUGUCAUUUCCUCACAUCUUGCAAACAUUGACCAGGAGCUGUUUUUACUUCUCUGGUGGGUAUUUUACUUGUUUUGGGGCCAAUUCUUCCUAUUUAAGUAACUGAAUGUACAGAUGUUGAUGUUGGGAUGUUUGGUUUGACAAAGACUUGAGUUCAUCAGUGAAAUUCAUCUCUAUGACCUGAAUCCCGUUUCCUGGACCUCGUCUGCUGUGAUGGGGCUUCCCUCCUCCACUUAAACCAAAUCUGUCGUUGGUUUGAGCAACACUCGACUGUACACCGCCGCUCUUAUUUCUCACUCAUGCAAUCUUCUGGCCUGUAAUAUUGUUUUUAUUUUAUUUAGCGCUUAUGAUGAUUGUACAGUAGUUGUUUUUUUGGUUAAAGUCCACCUGUGAUAGAUUUGCAACGAUGUAAAGAAACUCUCAAAAUAAACAGACUGACAUUUGA